UAUUUCUGUGUCUUGAAUCAAGGAGUACAAUACGCGGGGAAAUAAUUUAAUUUUGGUAGUUAAAGAUAAGAUUCCAGGCUUGUAGCUACAUGAGUCAACGAAGACUCGAUUAAUCACACAAUUAUCUGGAUUUAUUUAUCUGAGUAAAAAGACUAAGCAAACCAUUAAUCUACUGUUUAGGGAUUUGGAAACAGAUUCAAUUCAACGCAAUUUCAAAACCAUGGCGAAAGGAAAGCAUACGCAUCCACGUUCACAGGUGAAGAAAUUAUCGACGUUGAUUUUGUUGACUUUGUUCAUGCUCACACUUGUCAUCAUAGUGCUUCUUGCGCUCGGAAUACUUUAUCUUCCUAAUACAACCGAUGAUUCUUUAAUCACAGAUCGCCGCAAAAUCUAUGAAAGUCUGGCGGAAAAGAAGGAGCAGUGGACUGAAAUUCUUUCAUGGGAGCCAAGAGCUUUCGUCUAUCACAAUUUUUUGUCCAAAGAAGAAUGUGAGCAUUUGAUCAAUCUGGCCAAGCCUUUCUUGGCAAAAUCAAGUGUCGUCGAUAGCAAGACUGGAAAGAGUACAGAAAGCAGGGUUCGAACUAGUUCAGGAAUGUUUCUGAAGAGAGGAAAGGACAAAAUUAUCCAGAAUAUUGAAAGGAGAAUUGCUGAUUUUACCUUCAUACCAGUAGAGAAUGGAGAGGGACUUCAGGUUCUUCACUAUGGAGUUGGGGAAAAAUAUGAGCCUCAUUAUGAUUACUUCCUUGAUGAGUUCAACACUAAGAAUGGAGGCCAACGAGUUGCAACAGUUCUUAUGUAUCUGUCUGACGUUGAAGAAGGAGGUGAGACCGUAUUUCCUGCUGCUAAGGCGAACUUUAGUUCUGUGCCAUGGUGGAAUGAUUUAUCUGAAUGUGCUAGAAAGGGUCUAUCACUGAAACCAAAAAUGGGUGAUGCUCUGCUGUUUUGGAGCAUGAGGCCAGAUGCCACACUAGAUGCAUCCAGUUUACACGGCGGUUGCCCCGUAAUUGUAGGAAAUAAAUGGUCUUCAACAAAGUGGAUGCAUCUUGAGGAGUACAAAGUUUAAGGCAUUACCUGUGCAAGUACUUCUAGAAAGUUUAAGGCAUUACCUGUGCAAGUACUUCUAGAGACUAAGGAUGAGUUGAUUGUUCUCCUAAAAAUAGGGGUCAAAAUUUUAAUGACGAUUUAUAAAAUAUCAAGUGAAAAGUUUGUGCCUAAAAUCUCAGUUCUCAGUUAUGUUUGACUAGAUAUAUAGGAUUGAGCAGGAGGAUAUAUUGGUAUUUAUUGUACUCUGUUCAUGAUUUUUCAUUUUGAAAAGUAGUAAAUUCAUAAAAUAAAUUUCAAAAUAAAAAAA